CCGGUAUUUAGCGAAUCCGACAUAACGCUUUCAGUGUGUAAAACAAUUAUCAAAACGUAAAACCGACAAGCUAUUAUCUGCAGGGCAGUCAACAGAAACCGUUACGUGUUAAAACAAGUUGUAAAUCAGAGUACAAAACACGAAAUACCAGAAAAAUAGCCGGAGGCUGAACCCGAAAAUGAUGCACGACGUUUGGUUUGAGAAGAUGGUGUUCUGGAUGUACCUGGGCGCAUUCGUGAGACACGUACUAGUGUACUGGGUCGAACAACAUCUGCUUUUUCGAGGCCGGAUGCCCGGCACAUUGCGUAUUAAGAAUGCCGUAUGGACCAAGUACUUAACCGAGACUGAAAGCGAAAUGUUUUCCAAAAGUGACACUUAUCUAACUGGUGCCGGGACCCUCCGCACCUGUAUUAUAGUACAAAGUCCAUGUUUACCGAAGACUUGUUAG